AUGCUGUCGGGCAGCGUCGUGGCAGAGAUCCAGACAAAGAACAGCCUGCCCCUGCUGCACUACAGCUGCAGCCCCCGCGUCGUAGCGCUGCCCACGGGGCAGCUCAACGCGCGCAGGCUCUCCAAGAUGGUGAAGCGCCCCUUCAUCUCCUGGGUCUCCCAGCGGAUGUUCAACUUUGAAAACCAGAGCACCAACUACGUCCAGUCAUUUCCAUCCCUGGUCGGCUGCAGGUUUGGUGAGCUGGCUUACCGCUUCCCGGACGGCUCGGUCUAUGGCGUUGCGCAGAUCGACAGGGGCGUGGUGGAGCUGAACCCUCCCAUUGAUUACGUGAUCAGGGAGGCGGACCAACUGGUCAUCUGCCGCCCCACAAACGUGGCUGUCGACGAAUACAAGCCCCUGCCCACCACCCUCUCCAUACGCGAGCUCGAGGAGCUGGCCGGCCCCGCCAGCGGCGCGGCGCGGCGCCAGCAGCGCGGCGGGCUUGGCGGCGUGCUCGACGCCUGGCGGCUGCAUCGGGAUGGGCAGCACGGGCCCGGGGCGCCCGGCAGCGGCGGCGGCGACGUCGGUGGCGGCAGCGGCGGCAGCGGCAGCAGCGGCAGCUCGAGGGACGACGGGGCGGGGUUUGACCUGCGGGGCGACGGGCGCGGCGGCGCAGGCGGCCAGCAGGGCAGGGCGGAGACGCCGGCGCUGCUGUGGCCAACAAUGCUGGAUGGCUCGGGGCAGUCCCAAGACGCCGGCUUUGACAACGGCGGAGCUCACCCGCAGGCUCAACGCAUCGGCGGCGCCUCGACGCUGGCCGGCUUCGGGCCCCUGGCGGUGCCCCCGGCGGCCGCGGCUGCGGGCGGCGGCGCGCCCGGCCAGCCGUCCGCGCUGCGGCGGGUGGCGCUAGAUUCCCUUGACCUCCCACACCAAGAUAUGUACCCGCUGCCCUCGUUCCUGGGGAGCAACGGCGCGACGCCAGCGGCCGGCGCCGCAGGUGCUGGCGCUUUGCCCCAGUGGGCGGCGGCGGGCGGCCCCGGCGCGGCGGCGGCGGCGGCGGCGGGCUCGGACGGCAGCUUCGACGCGGGCGACGCGGCGGCCGGGGGCCGGGGUGCUGGGGCGGAUGAGCGGGCGGGGCUGCUGGGGGGUUGGGGGCGGCGGCUGGUGCCGGCGGCGUUUGAUGCUGGGGGCGCUGUGCGCAGCUCGGUGGCCUUCAUCCCUACGGAGUAUGUGGAGCACGACGACCAGCCAGAGAAGGUGCUGGUCGCCGGCUGGGCUGGCCUGGGCUACAUGGCCGACAUACUGCAGGAGCUGGACUCUGGCACGGCGUGCCUGCCGCAGGGCAGCGAGGUGGUGUUUGUGAACGACCACAUCCGCAGCGCCACGCUCGGGCAGGCAGUGCUGGGCAUGAACCUGCAGAAUGUCAAGGUGUCUCAUGUCAAGAUGGACCCGCUGCAGCGCAACCAGGUGGCCCGGCUGGACCUCUCCUCCUUCAAAUGCGCCAUUGUGCUCUGCGACGAGCACUGGGUUGACCCAGAUCAUGACGAGUCAAAUGGAAUCGAGUCCACUGAUGAGCCCUCCAUGCUGAGGCUGGACGCACUCAUGAUGACGGUGCAGCUCAAUAUCCGCAAGACCCUGGCGGACGACGGCCUCCCGCCCAUCAACAUCAUCUGCCAAAAGGUCGCGUCCGCUGGGCUGACGCGCUUCGAGGACCGCCACCGCCUGCCCCUGGGCAUCAGCGUGAACUUCACUUCUUUCGCGGCCAAGAUGAUGGCGGUGGUGGCCUACAACCCCAUCGGCCUGCUGGUGUACGCGCAGCUGGGGGAGGCGGCGGACCUCACAUUUGUGGACGCGCAAGAGUACGCGGACGAGGGAGAGUCUCUGUCUUAUUGGGAGCUCAUAACACGCGCGCAGCUGCAGGGUGACCUGCUGAUGGGAUGGUACCGCCUUCCUGACAUCAUCACAGAGCCGAUCGAGUCGGUAUUCAACCCCCAGGGCUUGGACGUGCGCGGCCGCAAGCGCAUCUGGAAUGACGGCGACGGCCGCCUCAAGUUCAUCAUUUUCCGCCAAAAAGAACUUCUGACGCCGGCGGAGGCGGCCGCGGCCGCGUUUGGAGACGUGAUCGGCGACGACAAAUUGCCAGAGGCGCAGCAGCGCCGCCGCUUGCCCUCCACGCGCGGCGCAGCGGCGGCGGUGCAGCAGCAGAUUGGCGGCCUGGGUGGGGCGUUCACGCGGGUACGGUGA